AUGUCAUCCCCAAAUGGAAAUACUCGUUUUCUGGCUUUCCUUCAUGAUCUUCCCGACGACGUCAACGAAGACUGUGCUGUCUGGACAGACAAGCCAAACUUGAAAUUCAAAUUUGUAAAGCCUAAUCGUGCUGCCGAGUUGUGGGGAGCUGAAACUGAAAACCCACAAAUGGACUAUGAAAAGAUGUCCAGAGCUCUUCGUUACUUUUACAAGAAAAAAAACUGUGUCUUGCCUACGAACAAAAUUACAAAACCAUAA